UUCUCUUUUACUGAAGUAAUUGAAAAGGCAAUUCCGUAUUUGUCGAUAAAACAUGUGCGUUUGAAUACAAUAUGUAAAUUCAAAGGUUGGGGUCUUUAUCUGUCUGAAAUACUCAAUAUGUAUGCCUUACAUGAACCGUCUACCUAUCAUGAUGUCACUAGGGUCACAUGUUCUCUGGAAUAGAAUGGCGAGAAACCUGACUUUGCUGCUACUUUUUCUGAUUUUGUUUCCUGCUGCGGAAUCAAAGUGUUCAGCAUCAACGUAUUGUGAUAUUUUGUUAUGGGCUAAAUGGUCAGAUUGCUCCACGGGUUGUGGUGAAGGAAUCAGGUAUCGUCUGCCCGGAUUGUGCUGUCCGUCAGGUGUUACGGCUGAGACCAUUUUUGAGGAAUGCGCUGUAAAAAGGUGCAACAUGACGGAGAGUGAUUACAAUCAAACGAAAGUCUGUCACGCGACGGAAAAAUGUUACUCAGGUGUUGUGAAAUCAACGCCUCAAACAACAUCAAAGUUGGCAGAAACAGCUGCGACCAUGUCUGGAGACACAGCAACUACAAAGUCCAUUCAGCAAAAUUGGUCCCAGACAACAUCACCAGUAACCUUGAUACGGACAAGCAACAGUCCUUCCAUCGCAACAGUACUGCGUUUUUUUUCAGCUGUUUUGCCAGUUUCCCCUCAAACAACAGAGUUAACAACGUCACUGACGACCAUGUCAAAGGACAGAAAAACCUUUUCAGAAGUGUCAAAGACAUACCUUCCAAGACCAUUCGGUAUCGUGACGCUGUUUGUGGUGUCGGCCCUGCUGUUUGCCUCUGUAGGAUCGUGUGCGGUUUGUUUUGUGUUUGGUGUGAAAAGACACAGAGAGAAAAGGAAGAGAAAUUCUAUUAGUCCGUGUGACACUUGACGACAGUUAUGUGUGUGGAUUUUAUUGUACCUUUUCUGUAACUUGUGAUUGAGUUAAAUCGGAUCAUUUUUCUUUUCUAUUUAAUGACUGUCAUGAAAUCAUAAAAAUUUAUCUUAA